GAGAUUUAACCAGUGCAGACAGAUGACAGCUCCUUUAAAGCUUCCUGUGAAUAAUCAGGAUGGUUUCGAGCUUGAGGAAAUACAGGACCAUGUGUCUGAUGACAGCAUCCCAAAACCAGUGAUGGACAAUCCACCCAGAAAGAUGCCAGGCAAGUCACCUAGUGGGGUCUGUAGACUGAGCACCAUCUCAGAGCAAGACCCAGAUAAGCCGGACACUGAUCCCAGUUCCCAUGAUCCCCCAGGUGGCAGUGAAUGGCGUGGAUCCAGCUUCUCCACGUGUUCUGACAAGAUCAGGAACAGCAGCAGUCGUUUUUCCUCUGAUGAGUCAUACCAGCCCGAAGGUGGAGAUGACUGCGCAGGUCUUCUUCUCGCCUGUCUGCAUUGUCGUUUCCACGAGUUGAUGGUCCUCCUACCGGAUACGUGUGAAAGAGCUGUGAGCCGCUGUUUUCCCUCAUACAAUUAUAUCACGGCUUCCAGUGAGCCAGAGCAGCAGGGGAAGGACUGCUGCAACUACAAGCUGGAGCUGGACUGUAACUGCUGUGGCUCCUGUCAGGAUGCAGGAGAACUCAUAGAGCUGGCCAUGGAGAUAUCAGAGGUCUGCUAUCGCUGAGAAACUCCUUCUCUGCCUUUCACCUCAAAAACAAACUUCAAACAAAAUCACAAACAUUAUAAACUUGAAUGCUCGACAAACAGAAAUACUGUUUCAUCUUAUUCACAUUUAUGUAUGUAAAAUAAAUUGCCUGCUUUUGCCUGUUUUGAUAUUCACCUCAUGGAAAUUCACAUGAUCUUUAGUUUGUGUGCCUCAACAUUAUUCACGACUGCCCCCCUUCAAAACCCUGUAGAGCUGAUUGUUAUAAUAAAAGACAAGAAUAGCUCAUUUGUUGUUACAGCCACAUU